CACAGCGCACACACUGCCCCCCCCCCCCCCUCCCACACCAUCCCCGUCCCUCCCAAGACAUGCAUAGCAGAAACCAGAAGCGUCACUCCUCUCCGGCCCUCUCCGCCAGGGGCCCGCUGGUGCCCUUGAAACCCGGGCCCCUGGCGGUGACCCCUGCGGCCCCUGGUGUGGGGGGGGGGCUGUCUUUCCGUGUGCCCAAAGACUUCCCCCACUCCCGGUUCAGCAAGGCCCCCCUUGCCGUCUACCCCCCCAAGGGGGUCCGCAGCAAGCCCUGCGUCUCUCUCCCCGUGGUCAGCCUGGAGAAGAUCCCGGGCCUCCACAAGACGGCCUCUCCCAUUCGCCUGCCCCCCUCCUCCUCCUCCAACACCUCCACCUCUUCCUUCUCCUCCACCCCGUCCUCUUCCUCCCGUCUGAAACCCCCGCUCCCCCAGCGGCCCGGGGAGAAGCUCUCCAACGGACACUCCUCCACCUCCUCCUCCUCCACCUCCACCCCCGUCCCGGCCGCCCCGCGGCCCAGCCCGGCGCGCUCUCCGCUGGGUCGCCGGCCGCCGCCCGCCCCGUCCCCGUCCCCGUCCCCGACGCGCUCCCCGUCGCUGAACCGCCGGCCCGCCGCCUCGCCCUCGCUCGCCCACAACAGGACGCCCGUCACUCCGGCGGCGCUGGCGGCGGCGGCGUCGGGGGCCGCGUCGUCGGGGGCGACGGUGACGUCAUCGCCGACGCCGGUGGACAGGAAGCAGCAGAACGGGACGAAGGCCGCCGCCGCGAAGACGCACAGGUGUCUGUCAGGCCGAGUCUUUGACCCCAACAAGCACUGUGGAGUGCAGGACCCGGAGACGAAGCGACAGUGCACCCGCUCGCUCACGUGCAAGACCCACUCCCUGACCCACCGACGAGCCGUCCCGGGCCGGAGGAGGACCUUUGACCUCCUGCUGGCCGAACACAAGGGCCGCACCAAGAAGGAGAAGGAGGCUCAGGAAGAGGCCAAGAGGGAGCGGGAAGGAGCCCAGGGCAGGAAGGAGGCGCAGAGCUCCCUGAAGACUACAACUCCCAGCAGGCCACACUGCCCCAACGGACGCCUGCUGUCCACGCUCAAGCUGCGGCUCGCCAACGCACACAUACCACGGGUUAUAGGCCCCAGCUCCACCUUCACCCCCCCCCAGCCCUCAUCAGCAGCAGCUGUGGUGACGGGGUCCCCCACCGCGAACCCCGCCCACCCCGAGCCCCCCUCUCAAGGCUGGGAGUUUGGGGCCCGUCUGUCCAGCGACGACAACGAGGAGGACGACGGCCGGGGGCCCGUCGAGAGCCCCGACCUCGACAGGCCCUCGUGUCCCUACUACUCCGCCCGCCACCCGAGACCUCUGGCGUGCUGCCGGUUCGGCAGCAGGCCCGUGGGUCGAGGCCACUUCGUGUUCGACCGCCGCUGGGACCGCGUGCGCCGGGCGCUCCACACCGCGGUGGAGAGACACCUCAGCACGCACAUGUGGAGGAAGGUUCCUCUGGCCGCUGAGACCCCCCUCUCCCCCAGGACGCCCGCCUCCCCCUCCCUGUCUUCGGCUUCUAGAGACCGGUUGCGGCCGGUUGCGGCCCUUGCCUCUCCGCGUGGGAAACCCCGCAACGGCAUGCACGCGCCCAGCGCUGGGGGCGGGGCCAGGAGGGGCGAUCAAACGGCGGGGGGCCGGAAGAGGAAGAUGACGGCUCCGUCGUUGUUGUCGUCCUCGUCGUCGUCGUCGUCCUCCUCUCCCGCGUCUUCGCCGGGCGUGGAUCACCUCAGGAAGAACGGGAACGGCGUUGUCACGGGACCCAGGGCCACGCCCCCUCCGCCGCCUCCACCGCCACCGCCGCCGCCGCCGUCGAACCCGGGCUGGAAACGGAGCCUCACGCGUGGGGGCGGAGGCGCGGGGGGCCGGAGGGAGGAGCAGAGCCCCAGAGAGCAGGGGCCCUCCAGAGAGCAGGGGCCCUCCAGAGAGCAUGGGCCCUGGGGCCUCAACCUGCUCUACAGGCAGGGGCCCGGGGCCUCAAACGGCCUCAGCAGCACCUCCUUCUCCCUGAAGAACGACCCAGGCCAGGUCCCUCCUCACAUGACCCCUGCUCCUCUCAACUCCUCUUCCUCCUCCUCCUCCCCCCCCUCCUCCUUCAGCCCCCUCCUCCUGGGCCAGGGGGGAGGGGCAGGGGAGGGGAGGAAGAGGAGGAGCCCCGGGACACCCGGAGGAGGCGGAGCAGGAAGAGGAAGAGGAGGAGCAGGAGCAGGAAGAGGAGGACUAGGAGGAGGAGGAGCAGGAAGAGGAGGAGAAGGAGGAAGAGGAGGAGCAGGAGCAGGAAGAGGAGGACUAGGAGGAGGAGGAGGAGGAGGAGGAAGAGGAGGACUAGGAGGAGCAGGAGCAGGAAGAGGAGGACUAGGAGGAGGAGGAGGAAGAGGAGGACUAGGAGGAGGAGGAGGAGGAAGAGGAGGAGGAGGGGGGAAGGCCAGCAGGGGGUUAGAGAGUCUCUUCAGGAGGAGCAACGGCACUGGGGGGAUACUGUCCACAGGACCCCCCUCUCCAUGACCGGUCCCACUGGGUCAUGCCCUCAAGCUUUCUCCACGGACAGGAGGUCGGUCGGCUUUGACGGGCCACACCAGUGCUGACCUUUGAAAACCCAGCGCUCUUUGCACCAUUCCCAUAAUGGUGGGCUACUAUUCACUAUCCCCCACUAUGACUUCUGGGUAAUGGAGUCCUCUUCAGGCUCCUGGCUCACAUGGUAGUGGAUUUAUGGGAUGGAAAACAUAUCGCCGGUCACUUCAGUUGUGGUCAUUUUCCAGAACACGAGUACAUUUCUUUCUGGCGAUAAUAAACUUCUUACCCUAAAGAAAAAGGGAAAAUAUCCAAGAGCAUUUGUUGCUAAUCCAAGAGAAGUAUAGUUUUGUAUUCUGGAAUAUCUGUUCCUCAAAGACCAGUCAUGGAUUUUUUGAUAUAUGUUUCCUGGUUCCUGUUUUUCGGAGGUCAGGUGACCUGGAUGGAACUCUGUGGUCUGUUUUGGAAGGGGGGGCGGUUGACAGGAAGUCAUACACUUACUUCCUCCUUCCUUUCCUCAUGGAUUCCCUCGGACAAGUACACACAGUUCACAGCUGUACCGAACGUCAAGACAAAGGAUUGACUAUUGGUUUUGUGUUCUUUAUAUUUUUUUAUUUUUGAGAACUUUUAUUCUAUUUGUGUGUUCCGGCGUCUGCUUGUGUGCGUGUUUGAAUGUUUCAAGGAACACACAAACUCUGUCGUUGUGUCUUUGGACUCAAUGGAUUCGCAGUUGUGAAUCUGGAUGUUCGGCUUGUUAAUAUCUAAUUCAUGGAAUUCGUUUAUUAUUCAUUUGAGAGCAACAAAAUAGGAUUUAACGAUACAGUUUAUGCAACAAAAACAAAAAGCAUUUGAGAAUCAAAAGUGUUACAAGAGUUGAUAUUGUAAAAAGAAAUUGUACAUAUCUUGUAUUCUAUUUUAUUUUUAUUUAUUGUUAAUUAUUUUUCCCUGAGUGUGAAACAGGAAAAAAGUCGUAAGAUUGGUUUUAUUCCUACGUUUCAACGAUUCUGCUUGCAAUUAACUCUCAGUCUCGGGGAAGGUGUUGUUUUAUAAGGGAGUGUUUUUAAAGAACGUCCGCCAUUGCCAACAGCCUAUAAAGUUUAUGGUUACGACUGUGCUGCGCCCCCUUAAUUCCUGCUGUUUCGCCGCGCUAGGCUACUGUUUAGCACUGUUCAUAAAACACAACGCUGUUGAUGGGUUAUACCUCGGUUAGAAAUUGUAACCGGCUGCCGAGCGAGUCCUCUGGCACAUGGUCAGGAGUAGUUACUGCCUUCCGAAGUGGCUGCAUAGCGAGAACUUUAAAGGUGACGUGUUGAUCCACCAGGUGUGAGGGUGUACACAAGCCCUGUAAAUCUGCCUCUUUUGACAUCACAAGUGGGCGUGUCCACCUAGAUCUGUGCUGGAUAGAUGAGCAACGUUUGCUAGAAUCCACUGGGAAGGCUGGCGGACUGAUCUAUCCAGCACAGAUCUAGGUGGACACGCCCACUUGUGAUGUCAGAAAAGGCCGAUUUUCAAAACGGCCUGUAAGGGCUUAUCACACUCACCCCAGGGCGCUGAUAAUGGCGCACUACGACGUCACUCCCUGUCUGUUUGUAAACACUGCUCACUGUGAGAGAGAGCCCUAGUGGAUGAGAUAUAUCUGCUAGCAACACUGUGGUCCUAACCUAUCCCUGAGCCAAACCCUCUUGGUAAUCAACAACAGAAGUUGGUUUAGAUUGUCUGAGCAUCCUUUAACCACUAUACCAGUGACUUCCAACCGGUACUGUUAAGUCUUUUAGCAGACCCUUAAAUCCAAAGCGACUUUCAGUGAAUUCCGUAUACAAGUCAAUCAGCAGCAGGUAUAAGGGUUAAGGUUAACUUAAGGUUUAUCUCAAGGAUGCCUACAGAAAGGGUCCCAAAUACCCGAAUAGAAUUGUGUCUUUUUGCUGGCCAAAGUGGAAGAAUCGAUCAAUUGUUUUCAUAUUUAACCCUGAAAUCGAUCAGCCAUAGGCUGGAGGCAGGCGUUUAUUGUGGACCCUGCCUUGAGCUGGAGAGCGGACAUUGUGGGUUUGACCCCAGAACUGCCUAACCACUGACUAGACUAUGAGACUGUGACUGUAUUGGUACCAGGAUGCCUGCAGCGUCUAAACACCCUGUGAUGGCUCCUCAGUGCUUUGUCGUGACAAUCCGCCCCUAAACCUUAUCCUGCUUAUGUGUGUGGGGACAUUAAGAAUAGAAAAUAAUAGAUUUCAGUGAGUCCGCUAUCCGAUGGGUUUGUGUUUUUCCUUCAUUGUGGAGGCUUGUUAUCAGGCGGUGAUCAAUUGGUUUAUAGAAAUUGACUAUUUUUUUUUUUGUGAAAGAGUUACUGGCUGAAAACAUAGACCUCCACACAUUCCCCCCAAGGUUUCUUCCUCUGUCUAAAAAAAAUUGAUAUUUUUCUACAUAAGUCUUUCUAUCUUCCAUCUCUUUGCUCGCUUGCGUAACGUAUGUAAUAUGUCAACGAUGUUUACCUGAAAUGUUUUCAAAAUGGCUCUGAUUAUUAUUUCUUUUUUUUUUUGGACACUCUAUGCAUCAAGUCUUUCCCCUGGAUGUUUCAGAUGCUCGUCUGCAUUAUCUUCCCCCCCCAUCAGCACUUUGAGCCCCAACCUGUGCUGUGGUCUUCAGUGAAGGUUCCUCAGUCCAACGGCCUGAGCUGCUGUCCUCUCCCUGUCGCACGACGCCGUGACCCUUGUGACCGAGUUGUCCGAUUCAAUCCCACCACGCGUACGAUGGAGUAAACGCUCCUUGCCUAAAUGCCUUGCUUAACGUGUUGGCGACACGGUUCCACACAGCUGGGGGUGGGGGGGGGGGGG